AUGGAGCUUUCUAUCUUAAAGGUAUUUACCAACACUUUGAAAGUGGCCGAAGGAGAUCAAUGCCUCGUCAGCGGAGAGCACAUUCUGGUUUCUGACAUGGAUACCAAGCUGGAUGAUAUCUACUUUUCCCUCCAGAGACUGCCUCUGCAUGGGAGGGUGGAGCUUAACGGAUUUCCUCUAAACACAGGGGGCACAUUUUCCUGGGGAGACCUCCAUUCCUUACGCAUUAGGUAUCAGCACGAUGGAUCUGAGGUUCUUCAGGAUGACAUACUCUUGGAGGUCACAGAUGGCAUAAAUUCUGCAGAAUUUGUUCUGCACAUCGAGGUAUUGCCUGUAAAUGAUGAGCCGCCAGUCCUAAAGGCUGAUCUCAUCCCCAUGAUGCAUUGCUCAGAGAGCGAAGAAGUAGCCAUCACCUCCGAAUACAUUUUUGCUACUGACAUAGACAGUGAUGACUCAAAACUAGUAUUUACGAUUGCUCGGAAACCUCAGCAUGGGGUGGUAAGGAAAGCUGGAAUUACAACAGAUCAUUUCUCUCAGGGAGAUGUUAUCUCAGGGGCUGUGACAUACAAACACACAGGUGGUGAGAUUGGCCUAGUACCUCAUUUUGACACCAUCACAUUGGUGAUCUCGGAUGGAGAAGCUGGCCCUUUUGUAAAUGGCUGUUGCUAUGAUGUACCUCAUCCAUCUUUUCCUCUUCAUCAGUCUUUUCCAGUAUAUGACCUCAACAUCACAGUGUAUCCAAUAGACAAUCAGCCACCAUCAAUUACAAUAGGUACCAUGUUCGUUGUAGAUGAGAGUUUCUCAGCAGCCAUUACCAUUAACCAUUUGUCUGCCACUGACCCUGACACUGCAGCAGAUGACUUGGAAUUUGUUUUGGUUUCUCCUCCACAGUUUGGUUACCUUGAAAACACACUCCCUUCUGUGGGUUUUGAAAAAAGCAAUAUGGGCAUAAGUGUAGGUAAGUCAUGGUUUCAUGACCGGAAAUGA